UUGCAAGUAUAUACGUCUUGGAGACAUCUACCCUCCAACACGGAAUCUUCCACACUUGCCAUCCUCACCCACCCCCGCCUCGGACACACCCCAGGACACCGUUUCACCCCGCAAGUAGACAGCGCCGUCGAGGCCCUCGACGCUAUCCACGCCGAGUUCCCAAACGCGAAGGUCGUGAGCGUGAGCCACAGCAUGGGCUCCUGGAUCGCGGCCGAGGUGCUCAAGCAGCGGCCGGACGGGCUCGACCGACUGGUAAUGAUGACCCCCACACUGCACCACAUCCUCGACACCCCGAACGGGCGCCAUCUUCGCUGGCUCUUCUACUCCUUCCCGCGCGAAGUCGUCUCCUACCUCGGCGCGCUCGGCGCGCUUCUCCCCACCGCGCUGCUCCGCCUGCUCCACCCCUCCUGGCCCGCCCACCAAGUCUCCGUCCUCCGUCGACUGGUUGGUUCGCCCCGCACGAUCCUCGCCUGCCUCUCGACCGCGCGCGGGGAGAUGCAGCUCAUCUGCGAGUUCCCCGACUCGCUCUUCGCUGAGAACCGCGCGCGCAUCCGCCUCUUCUUCGCCGUCGACGAUGACUGGGUG